AUGACAUGGGGGCGGGUUGCUCCAAUUCAAACCCAUUUACCAUUAGACCCGAGUAACGAUUCUAUAAGAAAUGCUAGUGCAAAUUCGGAUAUUCUGAAAGAGGAGAUGGUGGUCUCUCCUAUUGAUGAAGACAAUGAAGAUCAAGGGUUGGAGUGCUUGGAUGAGCCAAUCAAAGAGACUGCUUUAGUAAAUAGAAACUACUAUCAUAGAGAAGAGAAGGAAGACGUUGAUGUGCUCUUUGAGUUCGAACUGAAUUUGAGACCGUCCGUGGGAUCUAAUGGCUUUGAUGAUGUCAAGACAUCCUUCUUAUUUUCUGAUGUUAGUGUUCAACGACAUGAAUGCUCAACUGAAAACUCCUGA